AUGGAACUAGAAGAGGAACAGCUAUCCUCCAUCAGAUGGCAUGAGACCAUGCUAUUGUGGCAAGGAAUGCAGUCAGAGGUGGACCUCCAGAAGAUGGAGGACCCCCUGAUGAUGGUGGAGAUAGUGAUGGGGAGGAUUGGAAUCCCCCAUGAAGGAGUGAAAGCCAUGGACAUCCCUAUCUGGGAAGAGGGAAUGAACUGCCAAGAGACAGCCCCCCUGAAGGAAGGAAUCAUGGGGGAGGCCCACCAGGAGGUGGUUUCCCUGGAGGAGAUCUCCCCUCUGAUGAUGAAGAUGACAAUCUUUAUGGUCAUGGAGGCCACAGGGGAGGCCCCACAAGAGCAUAUCUGGGAGCAAGUGGGCCAUCCCACAGGACAAUUGGGACCUGAGGUUAAAGCCAUGGGUGUCCCAAAGCCAGGAAAAUAUAAAGGCCAGGACAACCUCAAGGAGUUUGACAACUGGCUAGGACAGCUGCUCAAGAUUUCCACUGAGCACUUGACAAUUGAGGAGAUCCUCAAAGAAGUGUGCCACAUGGAAACAGCACAAAAAGCCAUAAAUAUGCAUAUGAGAUUGAGCCACAUCAGCUCUGGAGGGAAAUCCUUCCAAGGAUGA